GCUGCGGCGGCCGAGCAGGGUGCGGAGCUGCGCGGCCUGGGGUCCCGCGGCGAGGCGGCGGGGCGUUGGCUUCCGGGGUGCAGGCGCUCAAGGUCCGGCCGGGGGCCGCGAGGGUGUGGGAAGGCUAGCCGGAGCGCGGGGCCGCGGCCGCCCCGACCACCGAUUCCUCCCCGCCGCAGCGCCCGCAGCCGCGAACGCGCCCAGGGCAGCGCGCGAACGAGGGCGCGCGGGCGGGGCGCGCAGGCCCUGCCCGCCCCUUCCGUCCCCACCCCCCUCCGCCCCUUCCUUUCCCCACCUUCCUCUCCCCUCCAGCGCCCCCGCGCCGGGCGCCCACCCUGUCCUCCGGCGGGAGCGCGGUCCGCGGCGGCGGCCGGAGCGGGCCGGGCCGGGCCGGGGGAUGGCGCUGCUGGACCUGGCCCUGGAGGGAAUGGCCGUCUUCGGGUUCGUGCUCUUCUUGGUGCUGUGGCUGAUGCAUUUCAUGGCCAUCAUCUACACCCGAUUACACCUCAACAAGAAGGCAACGGACAAACAGCCAUAUAGCAAGCUCCCGGGUGUGUCUCUUCUGAAACCUUUGAAAGGAGUGGAUCCUAACCUAAUCAACAACUUGGAGACAUUCUUCGAAUUGGAUUACCCCAAAUAUGAAGUACUCCUUUGUGUACAAGAUCACGAUGAUCCAGCCAUUGAUGUAUGUAAGAAGCUUCUUGGAAAAUAUCCAAAUGUUGAUGCUAGAUUGUUUAUUGGUGGCAAAAAGGUUGGCAUUAAUCCUAAAAUUAAUAAUUUAAUGCCAGGAUAUGAAGUUGCAAAGUAUGAUCUGAUAUGGAUCUGUGAUAGUGGAAUAAGAGUAAUCCCAGACACACUUACUGACAUGGUUAACCAGAUGACAGAGAAAGUGGGCCUGGUUCAUGGGCUGCCCUAUGUAGCAGACAGGCAGGGCUUUGCUGCCACUUUAGAACAGGUAUAUUUUGGAACGUCUCAUCCAAGGUCCUAUAUCUCUGCCAAUGUAACUGGCUUCAAAUGUGUGACUGGAAUGUCUUGUUUAAUGAGAAAGGAUGUGUUAGAUCAAGCAGGAGGGCUUAUAGCUUUUGCUCAAUACAUUGCUGAAGAUUACUUUAUGGCCAAAGCCAUAGCUGACCGAGGUUGGAGGUUUGCGAUGUCCACUCAGGUUGCAAUGCAGAACUCUGGCUCUUAUUCAAUUUCCCAGUUCCAAUCCAGAAUGAUCAGAUGGACCAAAUUGCGAAUUAACAUGCUUCCCGCUACAAUAAUUUGUGAGCCAAUUUCAGAGUGCUUUGUUGCCAGUUUAAUUAUUGGAUGGGCAGCCCACCAUGUAUUCAGAUGGGAUAUUAUGGUGUUUUUCAUGUGUCAUUGCCUGGCAUGGUUUAUAUUUGACUACAUUCAACUCAGGGGUGUCCAGGGUGGCACACUGUGUUUUUCAAAACUUGAUUAUGCAGUAGCCUGGUUCAUCCGUGAAUCCAUGACAAUAUACAUUUUUUUGUCGGCAUUAUGGGACCCUACUAUUAGCUGGAGAACUGGCCGCUACAGAUUACGCUGUGGAGGCACGGCGGAGGAGAUCCUAGAUGUAUAACUACAGCUUUGUGACUGUACAUAAAGGAAAAAAGAGAAGUAUUAUAAAUUAUGUUUAUAUAAAUGCUUUUAAAGAUCUACCUUCAGUAGUUUCGUCCCAUGUAUGUUUGAUAUCUGUUCUUUAAUUUAUUUUGCAUGGCACUUGCAUCUGUGAAAAAAAAAAAAAAAACACAUCUGUAGUCUUGGCCAAAUGGUACCCUUUGUUUUGUGGAAGUAGAGAAUCAAGAGAAUUGGUUCUAGGAACCUGGCUUUGGUUUUUGUUGUUGUUUGUUUGUUUUUUAAAAAGAAAUAAAUAUAUAUAUAUAAAAUAUAUGAAUGCUCUGCAGCAAACACUAUGACAGUAUCCUUCAGUAGAGAAAGUUUCUUAUUUGUGAGUACACUCUUUUAGAACAUUUAUGGGAGGGCAGCAACUUUGCUUUGAGGUUUAGAAAAGACUAGAAAGUAAUCACUUUCUGGAUCUAAAGUGAAUGGCGUCUCGAGGUGAACAACGCACGGUGAGGUACUAACUAAGAAACUUUUUCAUGCUUUAUGCCUACCUCUUGUAGUUGUUGCAGAGCAAAUGUAAAUUGUAAUAAGGUAGCUAGGCCUUGCAAAAAACAAAUGGAAAAACUUUAAAAAUAAUAAUAAAAGAGCUGGAGUCUAGUAUUUAUGUGAAUCUGUGAGAGAGAUUUUUUCUUUUUUUUUUCUUUUCUUUCUUUUUUUUUUGGCCUCACUGCAAUGAACCAAAAGUGGUUGAGUUUGGUUUUUAAUUGUAGCCACGUAUUGAAGGCAUCCUUUUGACCAACUCCUGCUGGUUCUGCCUAGAACCAUCGUUAGUCACUGUACUGGUAAACCCUUCCUUCCCUGCUCCGCACCUGCCCAAGCCCCCGUCUUUCCUUAACUGUUUUUUCUGGGGGGGUGGGGGUGGGGGGGCUUUGUUUUAGUGUGAGUGGAUGUUUUGAUAGUUGUGAGGAAAAAUGCAUUUCAGACACAUUUCACACAUGAGCUAUUUUCUUACACAGUAUGUCUUGUUAAAAAGAAUGUAAUUUCACAAUACAUGUAUUUAAUAUCUUUUUUAAGUAAGUAAAUAUUCUAGCCAUCAGAUAAAUUGCAGUUAGAGUAUUAAGUGGGGACAGGACGAGUUUUACUCUUAAAAUCAAUCAGUAUCAAUCUAAGUCUACUGUGUGUGUGUGUGUGUGUGUGUGUGUGUGUGUGUGUGUGUGUGUGUGUUUUAACUCUUACAGUUAGUCUAGUCUUAUUUAAAUUGGAUUUUUGUAUUCCAGUUUGUAUGCCGGAAUAGACUAGAUCAGUGCUAGUUGUAGAUGCAUGCUGUGUGUCACCCUUCUCUCCCCAUCAUGCCGCUGAACUUGUUCAUCAGGUUGUGCUUAACUUGUGGUGAACUGGACUUGUUUUUGUUUUAAAAAAAAUAGGCAAAAAAUGUAAGGGACAGUGCAUCAGCCUUUCUGUUUUCCCCCUUUGGUAGUGGGAUUUGUGCUUUUCCUCCAGGACUAGAUGGCAUGUUGUGCAUAUGAACGCCUGCUGCGGGCUGAUGCCGGCAACGUGGCCGCUUUAAAUUCCAAGUCACUGCAGUUUCCAUGUCAAAGCAUAAUGUGUAGCAUAUCAGCAAUAAUUACAUAUUUCUAGAAAAUGAACACGUUUUCACCUCACUGAGCCAAUUCAUUUAAUUGUCUAAUGACUAAUAUAAAUUGUUUAAAUUGUAAUAUAUGUAAUACAUCAUAAUGGAAUGUAGUAUACUCUAUGUAUACACAUUAUGUCUAAGCUUCUCUCUGGGCCAAACUGCUUCAUUUAAAAAAUAUAUAUAUAUAUCUUGGCGCCUUAUGACGAAUUUGUUUGAAGGGCAUUUUCUUCGCGAACAAAGGCUUUGAUGCAUAUUCCUUCCUAUGUGAAAUGGGCAGUAGUGUUCCCUGAGGAAAGUUGCACAGUGAAAAUCAGUCUAGUUGUGACCCACUCUGUGUUGUUGUUUUUUUUUUAAA